AUGAAAGAUGAAUUUGAAAUGAGUAUGGUAGGAGAGUUAAAUUACUUCCUAGGAUUGCAAGUCAAACAGACAGAAGAUGGAACCUUCAUCUCUCAAAGUAAGUAUGCCAAAAAUUUGAUCAAGAAAUUUGGGAUGGAGUCUACUAAACAUGCCAAAACACCAAUGGAAACCAUGGUCAAACUGACCAAGGAUGAAAAUGGUGUAAAGGUAGAUCCAACACUGGCUACUCGUCCUGACAUUAGCUACAAUGUUGGGGUAUGUGCUCCGUAUCAAGGGAAUCCUAUGAAAUCUCAUGUGACAGCUGUAAAGAGAAUCAUUCACUAUGUGAAUGUUUUCUCUCUUUGUCUUGCAGCCAUGGUGAAAACUAGAGGAAGUGGGUCUCGGUCUCUCAAGGACUUGAAGGCUGGCUCGUUGACUACAUCAUCCUCACUCACCAAGAAAAAGGCUUGA